CCUCUUCCUGCUCGCUGUCUCCUAAGCUCCUCCUCCUUCGCGAAGGGAACCAGUGCUAGAGGCAGACAUUGGGCAGCUGCUGUGAGAUAUCGGUGGCCGGAAUUCUCUCAGGAGCCCCGGGAUGUGCAUGGCUUACUGAUGUCUUACUGCGGGGAGUCCUCGCCUGCUGGGCCUGACAGUAUCACUGAUACGGGGACAGAGCACGAAACCCAAACACCCCCAGUAUCAGUGAGCGCAGAGGAGAGUCACUUCCACAGGGACCAAAUGGGAAUCUCCCAGGAACCCACUGAGCCAGUGAUGGGGAACCAGGAUCCAGAUCAGCUGCAUGAGACAAUCCUGACUCUCACACUGGAGAUUAUCUACCUGCUGACUGGAGAGGGCUACAGUGUUACAAAGAAGUCAGGUGAUGACAUGCCCCUCCCACAGAGCUGCACUGACUGUAUGUUGGGAGGAGCCUGCAGGCACCAUGUGACCAGCCCAACGGUGGCCCCUCCCCCUGGCUCCAUCAUACAAAAGGAAAAUGCCAAGAAGAUCCUGGAACUGAUGUCCAACAUCAUCCAGCUGCUGACUGGAGAGGUUGCCAUAAGGUGUGAGGACGUCUCUACCAGAUUUACCAUGAAGGAGUGGGAGAAAUUAAAGGGAAAAACAGGUGUUUUCAGAGCAGCAAAGGCAGAGAAUGGGCAGCAGGCAGAUGUUACAGAGGAAGAUCAGAGACGUGAAGAAUCCACAUUGUACCAUGACAAUAAAUUCAGCAGGACUGAGGCAGAAGAAGCCAUUUCCCAGGAAGGACAAACUCUCCCAAAUAUACCUCCAACUGCUUCUCAAAAACCACCCAAUUGUAUCUCCCAUGGGAUUAAAGAGGAACUGGCUUCAUGGGAAGGAGGAGAAGGUUCCCAUCCAGUUACCCGUCCAAAACAAGGCAUAGACAGAACUACUGACCCUCUUUUCCAUGAUGUUAAAGAGGAGGUGGAUUGUCGGGCAAAAGGAAGGGAACUGGGGUACAGCAUUGUUACAGUUAUGGGGUUGAGGCAGGGAACACAAACACAUGAUAAGGAAUCUAUAACAAAUAAGAGAUUGGCUCCGGCAACUGUAUCUGUACAGGGCACACCUACCUCUCAGGCUGGGACUAACAGAAUCCAGCGUAUUAUCAGCUAUAAAGAUCUUCACCAGAGAACUCAAACAGGAGUCAAAUCAUUCCCUUGUUCUGAAUGUGGCAAAUGUUUCCCCCGCCGUGCCAAACUAAUAGAACAUUUCAGAACUCACACUGGAGAGAAACCAUUUGCUUGUGACGAGUGUGGGAAAUGUUUCACGCGGCGUGCAAAACUGGUCGAACAUCAGAGAACUCACAUGGGGGUGAAACCGUUUGCUUGUGAAGAGUGCGGCAGGGGCUUCACUUGUCGCUCGAAGCUUAUUGUGCAUUAUAGAACUCACACGGGGGAGAAACCAUUCACUUGUUCGGAAUGUAAGAAGUCCUUUGCGUGUCACACGGAACUCUAUAGACAUUUCCGAAUCCACACAGGAGAGAAACCAUUUGCUUGUUCUGAAUGUGGGAAAUGCUUUCGGCUGAAGAGCAACCUUAUUCAGCAUGCCACUAUCCACACCGGGGAGAAGCCAUUCUCUUGUACAGAAUGCGGCAAGUGUUUUGCACAGCGCUCACACCUCAAGGUUCACUACCGGACCCACACAGGAGAGAAACCAAUCGCUUGUUCUGAAUGUGGAAAAUGCUUUGCACAACAAUCGCACCUUACGGUGCAUCGCAGGAUUCACAAAGGGGAGAGAGAAGAGCAAGCAGCUCCAUACUCCAUAGACUUGGGCAAGAGUUUUGCUUGUGAGACAGAAGAUAGUGCACAUUUAACUAAUGACCUUGAGACCCACCUUCUCACUCACAUGGACAAUAAUACAUUUUCUUGUUCUGAAUGCAGUCAGUGCUUUAGGGCAGAAGUUGACCUUAAAGAACAUGUAACUACUCAUGGAGGUCCAACAAAAGAGGAGUCUUCUGGUUCUGAAUGUGGCCAGUGCUUUGGGUCAGAGCUGGACCUUAAGGAACAUGUGACUGCUCACACAGGGGAGAAGCCAUAUUCGUGCUCAGAAUGUGGCAAGUGCUUUGGGUUUCAGAGUGAACUUAGCGAACACAUGCGAGUUCACACAGGAGAGAAGCCGUUCGCUUGCUAUGAAUGUGGGAAGAGCUUCGGGCUUCAGAGCAAUCUCAGCAAACACUUGAUCAUUCAUACGGGAGAGAAACCAUUGGCUUGUUCUGAAUGUGGAAAGCGGUUUGGGUUUCAGAAUGAGCUGAAUAAACAUUUCCUAAUGCACUCUGGGGUGAAACCCAUCACUUGCCUCCAGUGUGGCAAAUGCUUUAAAACUCAGCGAUACCUGCAAAGACAUUUUAUAACUCACAGUGGGAAGAAACCCUUUUCCUGCUCGGAAUGUGGCAAAUGCUUUGCCAUUCAGAACAGCCUCACGAGGCACUUUAGGAUCCACACUGGGGAGAAACCAUAUUCUUGCACUGAAUGUGACAAAUCCUUUGGCUUUCAGAACAGUCUAAAGAGGCAUUUACAGUUACACACAGAUAGGAAAAACCGGCUGCAACUGUUAAUGGAAAGUGCUGGAUUGGGCUGAUUGUGCUGGGGCAGCUAUGGGCCAACCUGCUGUGGGUAUUAAUUCUACCAUUUCAUGCAUGAUGCGGAGCUGAUUCACAAAUGGACAUGUGCAGUUGCCCGUAGCAACCAUUUAGAUCAUUGCUUUCAUAUCCAUUUAAUUUGUACUGGGUUUUCAGUCAGUAGAUAAAUAUAUAAAUAUAUAUAUAUAUAUAUCCAUUUGGCUGUUUGUACAGAUACACAAAACGUAUGUCCAUGCUUCUGUAUAAUUAUGAUAUUGAACCAUAUAACAAUAAACACAAUCCAGUCGGUGUGUGGUGUCUGUGGGUUGAUCACACGGCUGCUGCUUCUUUCUUUAUAUAACAAAAUCUAUUGCACAUUUGGGGGGCAGCAUAUCUUCUUCCUUGCUUAGGAAGCUCCGGCAGGAGGCAGACUGAGGUAGAGUUGGUACAUGAGCCAGAGGUCAGAACCAGGAAAUCCAAACGAAUAAGGAACAAAGAUGGGGCUCAAAUGAAUCACAGGCUAGAUCU